AUGAGUAUUAGUGCAAGUUGCGGAAGCUUGGUAAACUUGCGGCUGAUCCUGGUAAGCGGUAAAACAAAAGAAUUUUUAUUUGCAUCCAGCUUUUCAGCAGUCGAGAUCACACAGUAUAUAUAUGAUCACUGGCCACCGGAAUGGGAAGAGGAACGAGUAAAUUCAGCUUCAAUGCUCAAACUUAUUUAUCACGGACGUUUUUUGCAUGGAAGUGUUACACUGGGUGCAUUGUCGUUACCGGCUGGUAAAACCACUGUUAUGCAUCUGGUUACCCGCGAAAAUCUCCCGGAACCCAAUUCUAGCGAUAAUUUAAAAAAGGCAAAACGACGCUCGUGCUGCCGAUGUUGUCCGUCAUGA